AUUAUUAUUACUAAUUAUUAUUAUUAUUAUUAUUAUUAUUAUUAUUAUUAUUAUUAUUAUUAUUAUUAUUAUUAUUAUUAUUAUUAUUAUUAUUAUUAUUAUUAUUAUUUGUUAAUUAUUAUUAUUAUUUAUUACUAUUAUUCAUUAUUAGUUUGCUUAAAAUUUGUGCUCAUUCAAAGGAACGUUUUCCAGAGUGGCGCUUUCCCCCAGAUUCAUGCUAAUCAUCUUUUGUCUUUGCUCUUUUUUGUUCCGCGAAGAAAUUUUCAUCGAUAUCGACAGAAUUCCAAUUCUGGGCCUUUUCGAAAUAGUUGCAAUACAAUUAUUAUAAAUUUCCAACAAAUAUCUCGAAUGGGCUGCCGUGUUUUAAGCUUUCGAACUAUCACUUUUUCCAUCAAAGAGGAAUACCAUUCACAUUUCAAAGAUACU